CUUGCCCUGACUUGCCUGCUUGCAGUUUGCGUGAUUAAGCAUACAUUUAUAUACAAUUAAGUUUCACCUUAUAAUUUGUAGUGAUAUCUGAUAUCGUGGGUGUACCAAGUAGUGUUGCGUUAACCCAUUAAUAUAUUGUGUCGCAUUGCCUAUCAAUAUUAUCAAGCCAAACUUGAUCUUACAUCUUAAUCUCAGGUAAUAGGAGGUCCUCUGUGCAACGCUGCUACACCCUGCAGCCUGCAGCAGCUGCUGGUGGUGUCUGCAGCACGCCCAUACAAGUGUUGCAUUAAACCAUAUACACACAUAUACCUUCUACUAGUAUAAUCACCAUCGAUAACUCCGAAGCUCCGACUACUUACUCCGAGUGCAUGCAUGUUAACGUGUUAGCUUAAUGACAGUGCAGUGCGAUACAAAAAGUGUCAGCUCGGCUGACAGUCUGUAGAGAACCUCCGACCGAGAAGAGGGUUCUCUUGGUUUGCCGUUCAAGUAUAUUUCGUCGUUGAAGCAGUUUUUGCUUCCUUAACUCUCCAAGGUUCUCGAUAGGCCGCCAACACGCAGUCCAACGAGCAGCAGCAGCAGGCCCGCGGGCCUCAAACGAAUCCUUCGGAUCCAAGGCAACAGCAGACCCAGUCCAACAUGGACAGAAGAAAGCUUUCCACAUCCGGGGACUCUCUCUAUGCUAUUCUCGAAAUUCCAAAAACUGCCACACCUGAAGACAUAAAGAAAACUUAUCGGAAACUAGCACUUAAAUAUCAUCCUGAUAAAAAUCCCAAUAAUCCUGAAGCAGCUGAAAAGUUCAAAGAAAUCAAUAGAGCAAGGAUUAUAUUAACUGAUUUAACCAAACGUAAUAUAUACGACAAUUAUGGAUCACUUGGACUUUAUGUUGCUGAACAAUUUGGAGAAGAAAAUGUUAAUGCAUACUUUGUCAUUACCUCAAAAUGGACCAAGAUGUUCUUCUUGUUCUGUGGUGUUAUUACUGGAUGCUACUGUUGUUGCUGCUUUUGUUGCUGUUGCAAUUUCUGUUGUGGCAAAUGCAAACCUCAACAUCCAGAGGACAGUGGAGCUUAUCACAAUUUACACCGGAACCAGAAUAAUCCAGAAGGCGACGUAAUAUCAAGUCAACCUCAAAGUGAGGAGGAGGGGGAGGAAAGUGACCUUGAUGCGGUGACGUCCCAGCCACAGAGCAAUGCAUCUCAGGUUCCAGGACAGGGAAGCCAACCGCUUGCGUUCGCAAUGCCUCCGCCGGCCCAGGCUGACGAAAAUACAAACUUGAACAGUGGCCGAGAACGCGUUGUCUACACCCCUGCUUCUACAAAUCCAUUUGUGAAUCCUGACUUGACGGCCAGUCCCGGAGUAAACAAGUGGUAGUCAUCAUCAAAUUGAAGAUUCAACGAUAAAAUUACUUAACACAACUGUCACAUCGUAAGCCAUGACUUAACUUUUGUCCAAUCAUUUAGAACUCGAAACAAAAUAUAAAGUAAAUAAUUUAUUGGAAAUUCAAUCAACAUAAAAAUAUAUUUACAAAGAAGAAAAAAAAACACGUACAAUACGUAUACUUUCCAAAUUUUGCGUAGAAAGACCAUCUCUCUAAUAGAAUUAGUCUAUAUUUUUCUUGGCUCGAGUAAAUAAGCGGGUUUUCAAGUGGCAAAAUGUUUUGGAUUUUCAACUCCCUAUCAUACUACAGUGCGUUGAUUUUUUUUAAAAUAAUUAACAAUACCGUUACACGGUUGUUAUUUAAAUAUAAUACAUAUUUUCUUAUUACUUUACGCGUCAUCCCAAACACUUUUAGAUAUACGUUGUUUUAAAAUAAAUCAAAGUUGCUGCCAUAAGUGUUUGCUAGAUGAAAAAAAAAACUUAGUUUCAAAGCCGAUCGAGAAAGUAAAACAGCAAUCUCAACUUUCUGAAUGCCACGUCGGCACGACUAUACCCAAUCAAUAUGAAUGGCAGGAUCAAAUAAAUUGGUGCAUUUAUUUGAAAAUUUUUAGGUUCUGGGCCCUAAACAAUGGUCGCUUUGCUUGAAAAACAUCUAAACUUCAAACGUAAAAUUGUUUUAGCUUAGCACUAAGGAGUCCUGCGACACAAUAAGUGGGGAUGAGCUAUAUUUAUUACAUUCUAUGGUACCUUCAUGUCAUAAGUUAUACUAAAGCACACAUAAUAAAUUGUUUUCCUUUGUCUUACUUCAAUAAUUACUUAAUAAUUUUUAAUAAGUUUCGUAACAUGUAUUAAGAAAUACCAUUGGUUAAAUCAAACAACGGCAUGAGCAUAAUUUAUGUUUGGAUUAUUACAACAAGCUUAUUCAUGAUUCCUUUUGGGGUAUAACUUGAUUUCCAUUGACGGCCGUGGCUGGCACGUUUGUUCGAACCUUUCAAGUAGUUAUUACAAAUAUGCAUGCCGUUGUGCUUGAUUUACAAUGUGAUACUUCGCAACCAGACCAAGGCUGCGUUCAGAAACUCAAGUUUGUCGAGUAAAUGGCAGCUUUAUCAGUUCAUAUCAUUACUCAGCUUUUAAUUUCAGGAUUUUCAAACUUUACCUUGUAGGUUUCGGUUACAGAAGCGUUGCCGUUUACUUUGCAAACUUGAGUUUUAAAAGAACGCUAUUAUUAUAUAACCCAAGAGGAACAAACGAGCAAAGCGGAUAUUUACAGAAGCGCUGGUCAAGAGAUCGCGCGCACGUUACUAGAUCCAUCAGUUACUUAUGAGCUUGUCAUGAUUUUGUUUUUCCUGUAAAAACUUUUUGCAAGAAUUAAGUAAUACACACGUUGCAUAUGUAAUAUAUUUAUAUGCAUCAACUAUAUUUUAAAUAAUAUCUUCUGAAAAGUGACUUUGCUAGACUAUUUUUAAUGACUGUUGCUUGCAAAGUUCAAGACAAGCAAGCAGUCGAUAAUAUUGAAUGAAAAAAAAAAAAAAAAAAAAAAAAAAAUUUAUUCUGUUGAUAAGUCAGUGUCGGUAGUAUGUUUAGAAAUAAAUAAUUAUAUUAUAUAUUAUACAUACGCGUGAAAACGUACGUUUGCAUAAUCUGUAUUACGAAUUUAUAAAUAUAUUAUAUAAAUGAUAUACGAAUAACUCAUUUCAAAAGAUAUGUUUAUAUAAUAUAUAUAGAUGAUAAUUGAGGGAUGUUUGCUGUUGUGUAAUGCACUUUGAAAAAACAAAAAAGGAAAAAAACCAAAUAAGAAAAAAAAAAAAUGUCACCACAUGCACUAAUAACCUGUACAUGGAGUAACAAUGGACAAUGAAAAAACGAACUGCACACAAAUAUUUGCUCCGCGUAAGCGAAACGCCGGCCUCAUUUAAUCCCUCCAUACCAAUAAAACCCAACCCCGUAUUACUUAAAUCUCAUUGCGCGCGGGAAGAAUAGCCGCGCUGUAACUGACCGAGUGAAUCUCCACUCUCUUUGGCACGAGCGCUUGACUGACUCGCAAAAGGCAAGUUAUUUCUUCCUUUUACGGUGCUAAGUACUUGAGUUACCGCUCUCCUGAAAUGCCUUCACUUCGGCCGAGUUCGUGCCAAAGGAGUCCACUCAUUUGGUCAGUUAAUAGGUUGAGAGUGAGUGGCGCUACAGUUGUUUCAAAGCAAAUACAAUAGAACUAAGUACGCGAUAUAGACCCUCCCAAGACUUGCACGGAGCAAAUAUAGGUACAUGGAAAUUAACUAUAUGAAUUGAUAACUUUUACUUUUCUCGAACAAUGUAUAUUCGGUCCUCGGCACUGCAAGCUUCGAUGCCAUUGGGGGACCAUAAAGAGCACGAAACGCGGGGAAAGUGCAAAUUCUGCCUAACGUUGUAUUACCUGUUCACAAGUGCACAUAGGUCUUUCAAACUGUUAAAAGAUACCAAUUUUUAAUCUAUAGCUAGUUAAUGACAAAUGCAUCGUCCAUGAUAUACCUAUGCUGCAGUAAGAAUGAAUCAAAUCGUGUUUCGCUCCCCCCACCCCUCAUUUUGUGCUUUUUGGUACAUCUAGAUAUUUUAUUCGUAUUCAUGCAUUUUCCACCUUGAAGUAUCUAACGAAGUGUAAUAUUAUGCAGUCGAAGCGGCCAUCGCGACUACUUACAUCCAUAUACGUGCGUGCACUUUUGCGUCGCAAAAUAUCCAUACUUAUUAACUUAUUCUCAAAUUCAUAUGAGAUACGUUGUUGUCGUUGUUGUUUUUGACAUACAUAUUAAGAUGUUUCUAUUGGACGAAAUUGGGUUACUAGCGACUGGAUUGCUGUGUUAGAUUUGUUGUAAAAGUGCAUUAUUGGUGUAUUAUUUAUUAUUCAUUGAUUCCUAUGUGAAUAUUAUUGAUGUGUGAUUGGAGUAUAAGGAAUAGUUAACAACGAAAACGAGACAGAAGAUGCAUGGCUUAACGGUGCGUGUCAAAAGAAUCGUGUAGUUCCAGCUAUUUUGUUAGUUCCUAAAAAGUUUCUUUUUUUGCAAAAAAAAUAAAUCGCGCAUGUGGAUGCAAUUUCCUUACAAAAUCCUCCCGUGUUAUACCUCUUUAUACUUUUCAAUGUCUUAAAAAAGCGAUCAACAUGCGCGCGUAUUGGUUAAUAAAUUAUAAACUAUUCUUGGAAAUUUAACAUUUUUAUUUAUAAUUAUGUAUUGUGUACACAAAGUCUGCAUUUCAUUUUAUAGACGAAACUUUGUGUUGGCCGAUAAUAGUAUCUUAUUAAUAACAUUUUUAAAUGGUAUAACAAACAAUAAUUGAUGAUUAUGACAAUUUUUCAAAUUUGCGUGUGUGUGUGUCCAUGUAUUUAUAAAAAGAUUCCAUUAAUCUGUAUUCAAAUUAUUCAGGAGUUAUAAUAUUUAAUAAAAAUUUGUUUUCUCAUAAGUAAUGGUCAAGAAAAAUAGAUUUUGAAAUUAUUGUUCGGACUUGGAGGUUGACAAUGUAUGCAAUUAAAAAUUUCCAAAAAGCUCUGUGACGAUUAGUUGUCAGUGUUUUUUCAUUUGCGUUCGAGUAAUUACUUGUCGAACUUACAUCGUAGCGCUCCCCCGCGCGACUGGAAUUGGAUUUUUCUCGAUCAAUUCUUACCAAACUAUCCAUAAGUAUGCUUUUAAGGGAUAAAACAUGUAAUGAGCAUUUUUACAUAUUCGUGUGAUGAUAUGUUUGAAAAGCUUAACCUCUAGCUAAUCAUUUUUAAAUCUAAGCAAUACUUAAAAUCUUGGAAAAAAAGAAAACCAAAAAAACUUAAAAAUUUAAUGACUAAGUAAACGUGAUCAAACUAUACUUACACUAUAGUGAAUGAAUAGUUGAAACAAUCCCUCAAAUGAAAUCCUUCAGAAAUUGUUGCUCAAGUUGCUGGAUAACUACAGUUAAGAAUAUGUAAUAAAUAAGACAUUCUUGUAAAUAAACUACAAUUUGAUUCACGUA